UCUUUUUUUUUUUUUUUUUUCGUCUUCCUUCUGCCAUGAGCGGCCGCACAAAGACGGUGCACGAGCGCAUCGCCGAGCUGCGGAAGCUGUUCUUGGUGGACAACGUGACCAUCCACAAGCACACGACUGCGAUCGACGCGCUUGUGGAUGCGCUCAUCCUGCUCUUUGACGAGUGCAACACGGCCAAGCUCCGACGCGACAAGUACAUUGCCGCCUUCAUUGAGUCCUAUCGCGAAACGGUCGCUUCCCUGCGCACACUCCGCCUGUCAAAGUCCGACUUUGAGGUCAUCAAGAAGAUUGGCAAGGGCGCUUUCGGCGAUGUCCAAGUCGUCAAGUCAAAGCUCACAAAGGAAGUUCUCGCAAUGAAGACCCUGAAAAAGGACGAAAUGCUCGCGCAGGAAGAGACGGCCUUUUUCAGCGAGGAGCGUGAUAUCAUGGCGGCGGCAGACAGCCGCUGGAUUACCAUGCUCAAGUACGCCUUCCAGGACGCAGAAAACCUGUACUUGGUGAUGGAGUACCACCAGGGCGGUGACCUGUUGACGCUGCUUGCCAAGCACGACGACGUGUUUGAGGAGCCCAUGGCGCGGUUUUACCUCUCGGAGCUGGUGCUCGCCAUCGAGUCCUUGCACGCGAUCGGCUGCGUCCACCGCGACAUCAAGCCGGACAACGUGCUGAUUGAUCGUCUGGGUCACAUCAAGCUCGUCGAUUUCGGCUCGAGCGCGCGCCUGGACAAGAACGAAAUGGUCACCUCGCGCAUGGCUGUCGGCACGCCAGAUUACAUUGCCCCCGAAGUGCUGACCUCGACGGACGGCAACGGCAAGUACGGCCGCGAGUGCGACUGGUGGUCGCUCGGUGUUGUCAUGUACGAGCUGUUGACGGGCUCGACGCCCUUCUACGCCGAGUCGCUCGUUGCCGUCUAUGGCAAGAUUAUGAACUGCAAAGACGAGCUCACCUUCCCGGAUGACGUCGAAAUGUCGAACGACGCCCAGUCGCUCAUCAAAAAGCUGCUGGUUGAUCGCAAGAUUCGCCUCAAGUUUGCCGACAUCAAGGCGCAUCCCUUCUUUAAGAGCGUUGACUUUGACAACUUGCACACCAGCACGCCGCCGUACGUCCCAAUCAUCAAGAGCAUGGAAGACACUAGCGCCUUUGAGGACUUUGAGGACGACGGCGCCGAGCGCAUCAUUCCCGGCGCUGGCGGUCCCGGCUCUGGCAAUUUCCGCGGUGGCUCCUCCAGCGACGGCAUCUCUGGGCGGCAAUUCCCCUUCAUUGGCUUUACCUACACUCGCCCUCUGCUGCAGUCCGAGGAAGGUGUGUACUCGAUGGACAAGGUCCACAACCGCCAAUCCAGCGCCAACGCCUCGUCGCGCAUCAGCAUGUCGGAGUCCUCCAUCUCCCUGGCAGAGAAGGCCGCCGUUGCCGCUGCUGCAGCGUCCUCGGCGACUUCUGCGGCCGACAAGGAACUCAUCGCCAAACUCUCGUCCGACAACGAGUCGCUCAAGGAUCGGCUACAGACCAUGGAAGAAAUGCUCACCGAAAAGGAGCUCGAAAUCAACAGCAUGAACGUCUCUGCGGCGCGUCUGCAAGGGCAGCUCGACAGCUCCAAAACACAGCUGGACGAGACCACCAAGGCCAAAACCAAGCUGGAGCAGACAGUGGUGGAACUCGAAAAGAACAAGGCCGUCCAAGACCUCGAGCUCAAGUCGCUCCAAAAGGAGCGCAAGGCUGCAGAAAGCGAGUCGGGCAAUCUCGAGACGCUGCGACAGCGCCAUGCCCAAGAGCUCAAAGACUUGCAGGCCAAGCUUGAGACCGAGAUCAAGUCCAAGGAGAAGGCCGAGGCCCGCUUGGCCAAGAUCCAGGGCAAGAUUGACGAAAAGAAGCGCGAAAAGGAGGCUGCGGCCGCAAGCGGCGGCUCUGCCGCACCUGCCGCCUCUGGCUCGCUCGGCAGCACCAACACGCUGUCGCCCGCUUCAGCUGCCUCGCCCGCCGCCCCGUCGUCACCAUCGUCGUCCUCAUCCAACCACAAUCGCAACGCUUCAACCAGCUCUCUCAACGAGGUUGGCAAGACGGACGAAGAGGCCAAGGCCGACCAGGCUGCCAUUUCACGCAAGGUGGAGGAGUUGACGGCGCUCGUGGCCAAGAACGAGCUGCUCAUUGCCGAUCUCCACACCCAGCUGGAGGGCGAGAAGGAGCGCGCCAAAAAGUCGCACAAGGCCAAGCUGGAGCUGCAAAAGUCCAAGGCCGUGGUCGACCUCGAACUCAAGAGCGUCCAGACGCAGCUCGACGAGCUCACCAAGCAGAAGAUUACCAUUUCCAAGGAGCUGGACGACCUGCGUGUUGCCCUCGAGAACGACCGUGUCGAAAUGGUCAAGAUGCGCGGCGAGACCAAGGACGAAGUUGCACGCAGCGCGCUUCUCUCCAAGCGCGUGGCUGCGCUCGAAGAAGAGCGCGGAUCGAUUGUUGCCGAGAUGGAACAGCUUCGCGUGCACGGCUCUGCAGCCGAAAUCCAAAAGCUGCUCGACGCCAAGCAGCAGCAGGCCGCCGUCAUUGACUCGCUGCAGCAGUACAUUGCCAACGUGGACCGCGGUGGCAACGCCAAGCUCCGCAAGGGCCAGUCGUCGAUGGAGCUGCAAGCGACGCAGUCCGGCUCCAUGACCAAUCUGAACGCCAUCCCCGGCUCGCCCAACGCCAACGACUGGCGCAACAAGAAGGAAGCCAAGCAGCAAGCGCAGGAACUGCGCCAGCUGCAAUACGAGGUCAAGCUCGAGCGUACCGCCAAGAACGAGCUCAAGGAGCAGCUUGCCGAACUCACCGCGCGCGCGCAAGGCUUGGAGGCCGAGCUCGAAGUGGUCCAACAAGAAGCUGUCAAGUGGAAGCAGCAGUACGCCGAUCUCGUGUCGGACAAGGUGGCCAAGCCCACCAAGAGCAACAUGUCUCCGUCCACGUCCGAUGUUGGCAAGAACAAGGACAAGGACUCCAAGCUCAAGUCCAGCUUCAAGGACAAGGUGACGCAUCUCGUUAACAUCAAUCGUGACGCAAAGAACGAACUCAACAAGCGCAGGCCAGACUCGGUCGCUGAAGGCGACCGUCCGAUCAAUCCGCUCAGCUUGAGCAGCAACAACCUCCUGCAUGCCGGCUCCAACAGCUCUGGCCCUUCGUCCCCGGCGCACACCACCCAUAACAUGGACAGCCAUGCGGACGCCGCCCUUCUUGCUGCCGGUCGCAAGAUGUCGACCUCGUCGUCGUCGUCCACCCUCGUGCACUCUGGCGGUGCGUCCACUGCUGCUGCUGCUGCUGCUGCCGGUGGCUCCCCUAUGCUCGACAAGACCAUGCGUCGCCAAUCCAUGGCCUCGGGCUUGUCACCUGCCAAGGAGGUGCACGACCCCACCAAGCGUGUCGGCCACAGCAUUCCCCAUCGCUUCCAGCCGCACUUUAACGUCAAGUCGUGCAAGUGCACCGUGUGCAACAAGAACGUUGGUCUGACGCGCGGCUCUGUCAAGUGCAGCGAUUGUCACGCCAUCUUCCACGCCAAGUGCGGCGAAUCUGCCCCGGCAACGUGCGGCAUUUCCGAAGACGCGCUGCGCCAGAUUGCCGCGGCCACGGCUCUCAUGCAAUCGCGCGAGGCUGCUGCGGCUGCACCGGGCACUCCCGAGCGUCGAACUGGCGGCAGCGGCGGUGGCGCCGCGUCCAAUGCCCCUCCGUCCCCCGGUGACGCGAGCCAUUCCAGCUCUGGAAGCCGCGUUUCUGGCUGGCUCAAGGUUCCCAAGCCGCGCGGUGUGCGUGCCGGCUGGAUUAAAAAGUUUAUCCUCAUCAACGAGGGCGAGAUCAUGGUCUUUGACAAGGAUCCUUCUGGCAAGGAGGCGCCCACGUCCGCCAGCAACUCGGAUUUGAGCGUCGAUCCCUCCGACGACCCGAUCCAGACCAUUGACGCGCGCGUGCCUGGAUUUACCGUCCAAUCGGAGAUUAACGCCAGCGAGCUCAUCCAUGCGGCUGGUAGCGACUUGCCCUUCAUUUUCAAAAUCUCCAACCAAAAGGACUCGUUGCUCAUGCUUGCGCCCUCCAUCGAGCUCAAGGACGAGUGGAUUACCGCGUUCGAGGGUCUGGCCGAGCUCUGGUCGGCGUCCAGCGAAACGCCCAAGGUGGUUGCUCAUCGCGUCCUGUACCAGCCGGUCGACGUUGGAUUCUCGGCACUGUGCGCAACCACGCACGAGGGCCGGAUGCUUGUCGGCACUGAGGACGGAUUAUUCGCCUUUGACGACGUCACCCGCCACGCCGGUGCCAAACCUCCGACGGAAGGCAAGCUGAUUGUGGACAAGCCCACCUUGCUUCAAGUUGAGGUCUUGCCCGAGAUUCGCGCGAUGGUUUUCAUUGCUGACAACUAUUUGCACGUUUUGCCGCUCGAAAUGAUGGACUAUGGAGCAUUGAUGGCCAAGCGUGUGGACCACUCUGCGACCUGCUACAUGUUCGCCUUGGGAAGCCACCAGGGCUCGCACUACCUGUUUGCCGCCAUGCAGAAGGACAUUAUCAUUUACAAGUACAAUGACAGCAAGUCCAUGUUUGAGAAGACCAUCUUUGAAAUGGAUACCAGCACGCCAUGCACAUUCGUCACCUUCCAUGAGGGCCGCUUCCUGUUCGGAACCGACGCCUUCCAAGCCGUCAGCGUUCAAGACCUCAAGACCGUGACGAGCCUGCUGGACGCUACGGACAGCACUCUCGCCUACUUGAUAACUGGUGCCAAGCACGCUGCUGUCACCACUGUUGGUAUCAUUGUGCUGCCCAAGGAGUACCUGCUGUGCUACAACGAUGUUGCGGUGUUUGUCUCGCACAAUGGACGCCGCUCUCGACAAGGGGAGCUCCGGUGGAAUGCGUCGGCCAUGCAAGUUGCCAUGGUCAAGUCUCUGCUCUUUGUGUUCACCUCAAAGGGCACGCAGGUGCGCCGAUUGGCAGAGCAAGGAACGAGCGAGAGCCCCUUGCUCCAGACAAUCGAUCUGGCCGACGGUCGCCUUAUCGGACAUGACAGUCAGCGCAUGCUGCUGAGUGCUGUCGGCGUUGCUUCUUGCGCGGCAUUCGCCUCGCCGAACGCCAGCCCAGCACCACAACGACGUGGCCCUCCGCUUGCCGAGGUCGUGAGCGUCUUCCCCAUCGCUCAAUAGCGUGUUGUGUGUCCAGGGCUGUUCUUGUUGAUUUGCGGUAUUUGGCCCGGCUGUUGAAUCGGGCGGAUCUUUUGAUUGUGUGUAUGUGUGUGUGUGUGUGUGUGUGUGUGUGUGUGUGUG